AUGUACAAGGUUGAGUUAUGGGGUGCCUCUGGUGGAUACUUAGAUAAUCGAGGAGGAAGAGGUGCUUAUACUUCAGGGUUUAUGUCACUUUUCAACCCGAAAACCCUUUAUCUAUAUCUUGGUGAAAGUGGUGCCUGGAGUGGUCCUGCGACAUAUAAUGGUGGUGGACGAGGCACAAUAAAUGUUACUGAUCGUAGUUACUCAGUAUCUGGUGGUUCAGGAGGUGGCGCUUCCGAUUUACGACUCAUGGGAGGUCAAUGGGAUGAUUUUGAAAGUUUGAAAUCAAGAGUAAUGGUUUCUGCCGGAGGCGCUGGGUCUGCAUAUUAUAAAAGCUGUGGAGGCUUUAUUCAAGGGGGUGCCGGCGGUGGUCUAAUAGGAUCCAAUGGUGUCAUUUGCAGUUUUGACGAAAGUGAUUGGUUUGAUAAAUCAUAUGGCGCAAAACAAGAUUAUUAUGGAAUCGGAGCUAGCUCCCAUGGUGUAAAUGGAAAGUUUGGGAUUGGCGGAUAUUGUAAUGAUCCAUUUCAUGGUAGCGGAGGUAGUGGAGGCUAUUAUGGGGGCGGUGGCGGGGGUAAAGUCGAUUCACGCGUUGGAAGUGGAUCAGGAGGUUCUUCUUAUAUAAGCGGUCAUGAAAAUUGUAAAGCAAUAAGUCAAGAUUAUACUGAAGCAAACUUAAAACACUUAACUACAUCUGUACAUUUCUCUGGCUUCCGAUUUUAUUCCACUACUCUUCUGAGCAGUUUGGUUAAAAUCCCAAGUUUUUCGUCACCUGAUCAAUAUGAAAGCAAUGGCCAUAAUGGAUAUGGUUUAGCAAGGAUAACCGUUAUUGAAACCAUGAAUGCUGUAUCUAAUUGUAUUUAUUUCAGCAUCAAAUAUUCUUAUUUGUUAUUAUUUAUAAACAUUGAAUUCUCAGAAGGAUGA